GUUAAACUUCCGGUUCUGUAAUUUGUGUAGCCCCUCCUCAAAUGUUCAUUAAAAAAUAGGUGAUUUCUUGUAAAAUAUGGCUCGGGAGUACGAUCAUCUAUUUAAGUUGUUAAUUAUAGGGGACAGUGGUGUGGGCAAAAGUAGUUUACUUCUCCGAUUCUCAGACAACACAUUUUCAGGCACGUAUAUCACUACAAUAGGAGUCGAUUUCAAAAUUAGGACGGUCGAUGUAAAUGGUGAAAAAGUCAAACUACAAAUAUGGGAUACGGCUGGACAAGAGAGAUUCCGGACAAUUACUUCUACAUACUACCGAGGGACACAUGGAGUGAUCGUGGUAUAUGACGUCACCAGUGGAGAAUCUUUUGCUAAUGUUAAACGGUGGUUACACGAAAUUGAUCAAAAUUGUGAUGUUGUCAAUAGGAUUCUAGUUGGAAAUAAAGAUGAUGAUCCUGAUAGGAAAGUGGUGUUAACACAGGAUGCUCAACGGUUUGCUGAUCAGAUGACCAUACAAUUAUUCGAGACCAGCGCAAAGGAAAACAAAAAUGUAGAAGAGAUGUUUACAGCCAUUACAAAACAAGUGCUAUCCACAAAACGGGAAAACCAAGUAAAAGCUCAGGCACAAGCAAAAGAGACUGUUCAGCUUGACAGAGGAAGAAGUAAAAAAUCAGGAUCACAUAAGUGCUGCAAGUAGCUGUGGAACCUUGAGGAACAUUUUCAUGUAAACUAAAUGGUGUGGUGUGAAGACCUUUUGGGCGUUGAAGUCUUGAAGACAUGUAGAACAUUUGUCAAUAUCAAGUGCAAAGAAACAAAUCUUAAGAGCUCCAAGUUGGAGGUUGUGAAAUAUUGUAGACCUGGAAAGGUUAGCGUGCCUAUUUUAUUUUUGUGUUUACUGGUUAUCGUGAGAACAUAUGAAAGAAACUUUAAUUCAAAUCACCAUUACAGGGUUGUUAAAACACUAAAUUAAGGGAACGUUGUCACGAAACUGCAAAAUAAAAUGGCCGCCAAUAUUUCCGGGUUUACAGUUUGUUUGGAUACUUGAUGUAGCUUAUGAGCUUACGACAUUGUGUGUCUUAUUUACAACCCCCGGUACUGCUUUUCACCCCUCUAGAACUAAAGCAAUAGCGUGUUCUGCACUGUCAGUGUAUGGAUUGCUUGGUUGUAGUAGAGUGCUAAAACCUCUGCUGUCAUUGGUUUCAUGAGUUGCCACUAUUCUUUGAACUGCUCUCUUCUCCUUAGCAUUCGGCAUCAAUUCAAAUCUGUAGUCCAGUGUGGUUUAUUAAUUAAGUCGACUGUUGAUUACAGAUCCCUCUUGGUCCCCCAGAGUUGAGCUGUGUAGUUGAAAUAGUUGAACUGUUGAACGUUUGCCCUCAAAUAUUGGUAUUGCCCGGGACAAGUAACAGUGGUUUGACUGCUAUGAACAAUGCCUCACAGCUUUUAUUGAAUAUCACCCAAAGCACUAGUGUCAUUUGAUGCAAUGUCAGAUACUAUGUGAUGGAAUUUCAAAGCUUUUUUUUAAUACUGCAAAAUGGCUUCUUUGGUAUUGUGCUUAAAGGCUUCGCUGUUCGUUAAAAAUUUGUAACUGAAUUUGAACAUUUGAAUUUGAAAAUUUCGGUUUCAAAUUUGAUGUUUCUCAUUUUUGUGUUCGCUAGGAUUGACCCAUCUUUUUGAUUGCACUGGCAUGCACAAGUAAUCAUAGUCAUUGCAUGGGUACAUUUCAAGAUGAUUUAGCAAUUUUCCUUACAUAUAUUCAGUGGAUUGUGAAAAUUGUGGAUAUCUAAAGUUUAUUUUCACACUUUCAGCAGAAAAGAGUAGCCUGAAAGUUAUUUAUUUGCACUGCAAAUUAUUAAUCGACAACUAGUGUCAGCAUUUUCAAAAUAAAUCUAGCCGGCUAGAUUCAAUAAGUAAGUGCUGAUAUGUAGACUUUGAAAGGUCAAGGAAUUUUAAAUCGGUGUUUACCAGACUAUCCAAGAUUGUUCUUGGGAGCUCGGUGGCAUAAUCGUUUGAAAUUGUUUUGAUUAUUUUGACGGCCAACAUUGCAGAUUGCGAAGACAAUUGCGUAGAACCAAAAGAAGCAAAAAAACUGGCUGGUGUCAUCUGUGAGAUAUAAAAGUUAUUGUUCAGGCUAGAGCUGGUGGUCUCUCCCGUGAGUGUUUUACAGUGCCAAUACAUCGAAAUCGCUCAGCUAAAAUACCUCUAGUUUAAACAGACCAAUCAGAUGCAAGCUCCGUCCAGCUGUAGCAAUCGGAAGGUGAUAAUACAAACAGCAUGGACACAAUCAAGAAUUGCAGGUUUUAACAAGUCUGAAGAGGACACUUGCUCUUUUCUCUGAGUUUUAAUGUUUUCCUAAAUGUCCAGCUAUUCUUCAGAGAUGAAGCUUUAAGUAUAUGUUCAGUUUAGGAUGUUAGGCAUGUUUCAGUAGACCCUGUUGGUUGACCUCGUGUAUGAAUCGUGUUAUGUCCAAGUAUUUUAUAAGAAAGCAAAGAUGUGUCAUCUUUUACCUAAAUAAGUCUAAUCCCCACCUUUACAAGAAACAGUUUUGACACUGAACUGGCAUAUUGAUUGAAUUGGCAUUUAUUGCUUUGUAAAUAACAAUGUACAGGUUUUGUUUAUACUUUAUGUAUAGAGAUAUAUACCAGUGAUGGCUCACUUCAGUUUUUUUUACUUCAUGUUUCUUCCUUAAAAGAAUCUAAAAAGGGGUCUUCGUCGACUCAAACUUUUGCACCAGAGUAAGUAGAACCAACACUACAACUUCUGUUUCGACACAACGUCAGACGUAACAGUUUUAUCGCCAGGAUAUGCAGUACCACAAAUUCGCUCAUACUCUACUAGUAUGAUUGCAAAGUUGAAUUGGUUUUACAAAUAACUCUCUGAAACUUUUAUUAAGUCAAUCCUCGUAUUUGUCGAGGUCCAAUUGUGUUAUGUGAUUUGUGAAUUGUGAUUUGAAAUUGAUUGUGAUGUUGGUCCAGCACAAGCUUCCGAAUAGCAUAGUAUUUUUCAACCUCUUCUUUCUGUUUGGAUAUUUAGGUAAGAUCCAAAAGCUACACUUGAGGGCAGCAAAUUGGUGUAGAUUAUUUCACCAAACAAUGGUUCAAGACUCGACGUGGAUCACAUCAAUUGUGGCAUUGGUCGAUAGGAAUUCAUGACAGAAUGCACUCAGUUGAUUUUCACACGAUUGAACAUUGUUACCAUCAAGUAAAGCAGUAAAACAUUGUUCAGUUUUUGUUUGAUCUGUGAAGAGGGUCAUGUACAUUGGAUUUGUAAAAUUAGAAUUUGCUUUGGAUAUAAUCCAUGUAGAAUUAGGCUAAGAUUUCUUUAAAUCUGUCACAGCAAACUCCCGAAGUGAUGAUCAGAAGUAUAUCAGGUGGGGAUCCAGGAUACAGAGAAGGAGUGGCGUCCCAGUGGCUUCACACUCAAAAUCCGGAUCAGUUUCAAAGGAUUUUUUCAAAGUUCUAAAAUUUCGUGGUCAAUUUCAACAUAUUUCUGAAAUAAGGGGGCAGGUGUGGUAACUCAGUUGACCACAUUAUAGUGUAUGAUCUUCUGAUAAGUGUAUGUUGAUCUCAUUAACUAGACUUUCAACAAAAUGUAGUUGUACCUUCUGAACACUACUCGGCACCAAAACAAAAAGUUUCUUUUCUGCAUGUGAUGCAGAUUUAUUAAAAAUUCACCGGUUUCAGAUUUUAUGGAUUAAAUGGGUUGAUAAGCCAGAUCCUUUUUGAGUUGAUUGAGAAAGUGUCAAGUGUUGUGUAAUCACAGUAAUGGCAUUGUUGUAUGAUAGCUUAGAAUGAAAAUGUUAAUAUAUAGGAAAUAAUAUAAAACUUUCAGUUAUUUUUCUAGCCAUACCCCGUCGUUCAAAAUGUUUGGAAAUGAGGGGAUUGAGGGAUGGGCCUCAAUUUUACCAUAGCAGAUUUGAUAAUAAGUUCAGAAUCAGAAACAUAUUCUUUUGAGGCUUCAUGAUACAGAGGAAGAUGGCCAAGAACUAUUUACUGGCUUCGUGUUAAAUGAAUAAAGAAUUCUGUAUCAUUCAUUUGACAUGGCAGGGCAAGUAUUUCUUUUCUUGAAUGUACAUGUAAACUUGUAGACAUGAAUAGACUUGAUAAGAUCAUUAUUCUCUCUGUAAUCACAUAAUUUUGCAUAAUUCUGUAGUCUAGUAUUUGUGAUUCUUUAUCAUAUCCCAGAAUUCAUUUCAAAACUAGCUUAUUGGUUGCACAAAGGAAUGCGUAAAAUUGAAAGAUUGCGGUCAGUGUCAUCUAUGAGAUAAAGUGCAAAGCAUGCCUGAGACCUGCCAGCAAGUUGACGGCACUUUAGUCAGUAAUUUCUUGAACAUAAGUUAGUCCUUAAAAAAGUCAUCUCGGCCAAAGGUGGUAAAUUUGUGAAUAUGGGUCGCAUAUAUUAACAAGAGUGUGUCUUCGGUUAGCAUGUGCACCCUUAAUGGGACAAUAUAGGCAGCAGCUAGGCAGGCAAUAUAAAGUUACACAAAGUUGCCAAGUUGUCUCUCACAUCUUACAGUAUGUCGAAAUGAUUGACGCUUGUACGAGGAAUAUAUUUAGUGCUGAAUCUGACAUAACCCAGGGCCCUGACUGUGUAUAUCAGUCACCUGAAGAUGGCCAAAUUAGCCCAUCUGCUCCUGCCUAUAGUCCCCCUUUAACAUCUAAAAUAUUUCUGUGAAGUUAACGGGGGUGGAUUAGUACUCUGUAUUGUUCACUGUAAUCCGGUGGUAUCACGAAUCAGAUUAGGAAGGUUGUGCACUACUCCAACUCCCAAUGUGAGGUCAUUCCCUUUUCUCCCUUAUUACGUCAUCAGUAAGAAUGGGGUUACUACUCGAUGAACUCAGUUGUGACAGAAAUGAAGUGAUCAGUAGCACCCCACUUAUCAAAGUGCAGGAUGCAACUUCUGAAAAGGGAGUUAAACUCUGUCUUAAGUGGUAGUCUCAAUGGUGCGCCACCCCUGUAUUGCAGACAUUUCCCGAUCCUAAGUCUGUUGAAUCUCAAGCACCCACCCCUGAAAUAAGAGGUGAACAAGUUUAUCAUUAAAGAUGAAGUACGCAUUAUAAGGUCCAUGAAUUCUGAUGAGCAUUAUUUUUGUCCUUACCCAAUUUUUUAUUGGGAUUACUGUCAUCAUAAAUAGUUACACACACCCUGUAUAAAUGUCUGUGCAAAGACCUGAAAAUUCUAUUGCAUCCGCUAUCGUCAUCUAUCCAAACGUGCCUAACACAUACAGUCAUGUAACUGGUAUGGAGUACCCAUCAAUAUUCAUGGACUCGUAAUAAGGUAUUUUGCAAGACUUCUGUUGCAGAAGCUUUGAUAUUUUCAAUUCAAGAAAAUAUGUACUUGUAUCUAUAAUUAUUAGGCAUACAUUGAACUGUAUAUGAAAUAUAAUAUUGUAAGAAAAGAUGAAUAUCA